UGGUAGAACCCGGUAGAAUGACUGUGAUUAGAAAAACGCAUUCACAAAAAUCGCAAAAGGGUGAAGGUCGUUUGAGGUGUGUGUCAAUCAAAACAAGUCACAUUUGCAACAUAUAGACGUAAACGUCUUUUAUAGACCACGCGUCCUUAAUUCGGGACGACAGAAGUAAACAAGUUGACUUUCAGGAAUCAAGCUUUGAUUCAAGGUUUUUGCGGUAUACAAUUAGGCCCACGUUAAAACAUGGCUUCAGACGCUCAAAACUCGCCUAUUGAUACCUGUCCAAUUACACUGACACGAUUUCUUCUGGAAGAACAGAGAAAAUUACCAAAUGCAACUGGAGAUUUCACGGCGCUGAUCAAUGCUCUGCAGACGGCGGUUAAAGCAGUUUCUUCAGCAGUAAGGAAAGCAGGAAUCCAUAAACUGUAUGGCAUUUCUGGCACAACCAACACGACAGGAGAUGAGCAGAAGAAACUGGAUGUGCUGGCCAAUGAUCUGUUUAUCAACAUGUUUAAGUCUUCCUUCCUCACCUGUAUCAUGGUCUCAGAAGAAAAUGAGAAGGCAAUCAUAGUUGAACCAGAUCAACAGGGCAAGUACAUGGUGGUGUUUGACCCUCUGGAUGGCUCUUCAAACAUUGACUGUCUAGUGUCCAUUGGAACAAUCUUUGGCGUAUAUCGACAUGAAGACGGUGUAGAGGUGUCAGAGAAAGAUGUGCUGCUGCCAGGCAACAAGUUGGUUGCCGCUGGUUACGCCCUCUAUGGCAGCGCCUGUAUGAUUGUUCUCUCAACUGGACAUGGAGUCAAUGGCUUUAUGCUAGACCCAGCCAUUGGCGAGUUCUUGCUGACUGCGAGGAACUUGAGAAUCCCUCAUCGAGGCAAGAUCUACUCGCUGAAUGAGGGAUAUGAAGCUCUCUGGGACAAACCAACUAAGGAGUACAUCAAGAGCAAGAAAUACCCAACAAACGGCAAGGCAUAUGGUGCACGCUACAUUGGUUCUAUGGUUGCUGAUGUACAUCGUACUAUCAUGUAUGGAGGCAUAUUCAUGUACCCAGCCACUUCUGACAGCCCCAAGGGCAAGUUGCGUCUGCUGUACGAGGUGGCCCCGAUGGCGUUCCUGGUGGAGCAGGCGGGGGGCAUGGCAACCACUGGCACCCAGCGCUGCCUCGACAUCGUGCCUACCGACAUCCACCAACGCUGUCCUUGUUACCUGGGAUCUCGCGAUGAUGUGCAAGAUGUGAUUGACACAUACAAAAAAUAUCAAAAAUAAACUUGCUGUGUGUGAAUGAGGUCUUUAAAAAGAAUUGUUCACAGAUUAAAAAAUGUAAAUAAAAAAGUGCUUGCUCUGGGGUUUGAAUGCGGGAUCUCUAGACACAAAAUUGAACACAAUACCACUACGACUAUAGGCUUUUGAUUUUGAAAGAUACAUGUAGUUGAAAUGUUAUGUUUGGAAUACAUGAUUUUGCUCAAUUAUGGAUGAAAAGCCUUACAAAUGCUUUAUCAUUUUAUGGAUUUCAACUGAUGAUUAUUUAUCAAUUAGCACAUAUAUUUUACAUUUAAUUAGUAAGUAGUAUUGUUCCUUCUUGUUUGAAUAAAAUACAUACAGUUUUUGAGUAAUUCCCUGAAAUCUUGAUAAGUAUGUUUGUUUUUGAAAUUCAUGUAUAUAAAUGUCAAGUUUUUAAAAUAUUGGUUUAAGAUUUCUUCGUUCAUUGAUCACCUGAGCUAAUAUUUUGUGUAAAGCCGUUUGGAAUCUUUUAUUGCGAGUCAAACUGUGUCCCUCAUGCUGUGUGUGUGGUUAACAAUUUGGUUCAAAGAACAUCUUAGACACUAGUCAGAGUUUUAUCAAAUUUCUCACAAACUGUUUUGGUCUUUUUCAUAUGUAUGUAACCAGAUUUAAAAAAAGGUGUACUUUUCUUAAUAUUCUCUUAUGUAUUAUUUGACUUUUUUUCAAAUCAUGCCCCUUGGCUAAAAUUGGUCACACCAAGGGGGCAAAGAGCUUUAAAUUAUAGCAAAAUGGCUUUAAAAUCUAUAAAAAAAAAUAACCUUGUGUGUGUUAACUAGUGCCAUGUUGGGCUUCUUGUUUGUCCCAUUCUUAUUGUAGUUAUAUUUUCUGUGUGUAAAGAAAUGUUCACAUGAAUUCAUGUAAUGUUGACAUUUUAACCAGUUUCUACUCAUGAUAAGGACAUAAACAAUAUUGAAUGAAUGUCUUAGUAUGUGUGCCCAUUUCUAUAUCAAAAUUAUGGUCCAUUUUCAUUUUAUGUAUUGUCCUUAAAAAGCGACAUGUUAGUUACAUUAUUUGCUGUACAUGUAGUUACGGGAGCAGUUAUUUAGUGCUCAUUAUGCGGAAUAAAAAUAAGGGUUA